GACUAAGAAGCGCGUGAAAUGGGAAGGGUUGAUGCCAAGCAACGGAGGCUGAGGGAGGGGCGAUGCAAAUAAAGAGCGGCGCUCUGAUAGAGAUGCCCCAGGUUUCUGUGAAAGGAGCACUUGCGCGUCUGAGAGUGAGCUAGAGCGGCGGAGAGAGAAUAGCAUUCCUGCAAGCUUCCAACAACAAAAUAAAUAAAUAAACGGGUAGCAUUGAACAAUCAAAACCAUGGCAUCGAAGUGUCCGAAAUGCGAAAAGACGGUCUAUUUUGCUGAGAAGGUGACGUCUCUGGGGAAGGACUGGCACAAGUUCUGUCUGAAGUGCGUGCGCUGUAACAAGACGCUGACCGCCGGGGGCCACGCUGAGCACGACGGACAGCCCUACUGCCACAAGCCCUGCUACGCUACCCUCUACGGACCGAAAGGUGUGAACAUCGGGGGGGCCGGCUCCUACGUGUACCAGGCCCCCGUUAACGAGACCGCCAGCGUUCCCGUGGAAACCGGCGCCAAACCUGAGGAGAGGAAGACGGGCCCCCCCAGGGGUCCAGUGAAAGCUGCGAGCAUCACCACCUUCUCCGGAGAGCCCGCUCUGUGUCCCAGAUGCAGCAAGAAGGUGUAUUUCGCGGAGAAGGUGACGUCGCUGGGGAAGGACUGGCACCGCCCCUGUCUACGCUGCGAGCGCUGCAGCAAGACCCUGGCCCCCGGCAGCCACGCCGAGCAUGACGGCCAGCCGUACUGCCACAAACCGUGCUACGCUGUGCUCUUCGGACCCAAAGGAGUGAACACGGGUGGGGUCGGGAGCUACAUUUACGACAAGGAGCCCAGCACCGAAACCCAGCCUUGAACCUCCGUCUCCCAGCACCCCCUGCCUCUCUGCCCCCCCACCCCUCCCCCGCCUCCCACCUGCUCAGGCGUAGGAGGAAACGCAGCUCAGCGCUUGGGUCCCCGACUGCUGGGCCCCGUGACUGCUGUGGCCCCCAAUACUCAGUAACACAAACACCCCCCUCCCCUACACGCCCUCUCUGCCUGGGAGUGUCUGAGUCCUGGCCUGGUCCUUAUAGCGCGGUGGGAUGCACACACACACACACACACACACACAGACACAUACACGCACACGCACACACACACUCUCACACACACACACUCUCACAUACACACACA